AAAAACAAAAAUGGUGAUUACACACAUUUUCCUGCUUUGGUUCUUAUAAUAGAUUGUGGCUUCAGGAAUCGUCAACUUUCCAAGGAUUCUGAAAUUGGAUUGGAAGUGAUAUGGGGAAAGCAGUAAUGCUCCCAUGGAUUCUUGGAGCUUUGGCUGUUUUGAAUGUUUCGUUAGUGAAAGCUGAAGACCCAGAUUUUUAUUACACUUGGACUGUCACUUAUGGCACUCGCUCUGUUCUUGGAAUUCCCCAGCAGGUUAUCCUUAUCAAUGAUCAGUUUCCAGGGCCAAAACUUGAAGCUGUGACUAAUAAUAACUUUAUCUUGAACCUCAUUAACAAGCUGGACCAGCCUUUCUUGUUGACAUGGAAUGGCAUCAAGCAAAGGAAGAACUCAUGGCAGGAUGGAGUGCUGGGAACCAAUUGCCCUAUUCCUCCAAACUCAAACUACACGUACAAGUUCCAGGCCAAGGAUCAAAUUGGGUCUUACACAUAUUUCCCCUCAACUCUGUUGCAUAAAGCUGCUGGGGGAUUUGGAGCUCUCAAUAUAUACCAUAGAAGUGUGAUCUCAAUCCCUUAUGCAAACCCUGAUGGAGAUUUCACUUUACUUAUUGGUGACUGGUACAAAACCGGUCAUAAGACAUUGCAGCAAUUUUUGGACUCAGGAAAGCCUCUUCCAUUUCCUGAUGGAGUCCUUAUAAAUGGCCAGACUCAAACUACCUUUAGAGGGGAACAUGGCAAAACUUACAUGUUUAGGAUCUCGAAUGUCGGAUUAUCAACCUCAUUGAACUUCAGGAUUCAGGGUCACACAAUGAAGCUAGUUGAGGUUGAAGGAUCUCAUGUGGUUCAGAACUUAUAUGAUUCUCUUGAUGUUCAUGUCGGGCAGUCUUUAGCUGCCCUAGUAACCUUGAAUCAGCCACCAAACAGUUACCACAUUGUUGCAUCGACAAGAUUUACUAGGACCCUUCUUACUGCGACGGCGGUAUUGCACUACACGAACUCGCAAACCCCGGUUUCGGGACCCCUGCCAGCAGCUCCUGCAUUCCAAUUUCAUUGGUCAAUGCAGCAGGCAAGAACAUAUAGGUGGAAUUUGACAUCAAAUGCAGCCAGGCCUAAUCCACAGGGUUCAUUCCAUUAUGGAAACAUAACACCAACCAAGACCAUUGUGCUGUCGAACUCGGCAUCCCUCAUAAACGGAAAGCUGCGUUACACCGUGAACGGUGUCUCUUACAUUAAUCCGGAUACCCCUCCCAAGCUUGCCGAUCAUUAUAACAUUCCUGGUGUUUUCACCAUUGAUUCCAUCCAAGCCCUUCCCUUAGGUGGUGGUGCUGCAACCGUAGCUACCUCUGUUAUGCCGGUUUCUUUACACGAUUUUCUCGAAGUCGUCUUCCAGAACGACGAAAACAGCCUGCAAUCUUGGCAUCUUGAUGGUUAUGAUUUUUGGGUUGUUGGUUUGGCUAUGGACAAUGGACUCCACAUAAACGAAAAGCUUACAAUCUAGUCGAUGCUCUUACGAGACACACUACUCAGGUUUAUCCAAAUUCUUGGACAGUCAUAUUGAUCUCCAUGGACAACCAGGGGAUGUGGAACCUGAGGUCUGCACAAUGGGGAAGACAAUAUCUUGGGCAGCAGUUUUACUUAAGAGUCUUUGAUCCUGUUCGAAGUCUUAGCA